GCUAAAUUUCACUUUCACUCUCUCCCGCUCCAAGCCUCCAAAUUUCUUAAUUUCUCUUCCCGAGACCGCAGUCACCGCAGAUCCGCCGCCCGCAAGCCUCACGCCCCAAUCGUUGCCUGCACGGCUGCACGCCUCACGCCCUCACGCGACUCACGCCCGCACCAUUGCUACUCACAAGUGAAUUACUACAGGUCUAGUGCACUCUGGUCUGCCUUAUGCUGAAUUUGAGCAAUGACAGAUUCUGCCUAUGCCUUGAUGCUGAUUAUGUUUUUAUUUAUGUGCAUAUAGUACUUUCAAAUCGAACUCAAGAAACCAGUUAUAUGAACCUUGUUAGUUGCAGAGUGAUAUUGAGCAUAGCAGUUCUAAAUUUAAUUUGGCCAUAAUUUUAUCCGAAUUGCAUGCAUGUAUCUAGUCUAGUGAUUGCUAUUUGCAGGAAAUAGUCUCUGGAAAAAGAUUUCUAUUUCUUCACUGUUGAUAUAUUACAUUUACAUGUUAUUAGUGCACUGUAAGUCUGUAAUCACUGUUAUUAAGUAGUGCACCCCAAAGUUCAAACUUCAAACUACAUAAUGUAUGGUUAAUUUCUUAAUUUAAAAUUCGACUUCUUAGUGUCUCCAAUCUCCAUUGCAACACCGCAGCAGCCAGCAGUCCCCAAGCGUCGGACUCCCGUCCCCAGUAGGCAGUGGGUUUUAUAGAGAAGAAACAGAGAGUUGAUCAAUCCGAUACAUGAGUCUAAUUGCCGGUUCCUACGAGCAUUUCAUAUGGGGGUACAAACUUAAAUCUCCAAAAGAUGUUCAAAACCUUGAUUUAACUCCCCUCUUUUCCUUCCCUUCCCACCUCUCCACCAUCAAAUGCGCCGACGUUUCCGGCUCUGUCGCCGUCUCUGGUGGUUCUGAUGACACCAUUAAAAUCUAUGACCUCUCCACUUGCUCCGAAAUUGGCUCCCUCCACGAAUCUGCCACCAUCAAUUCCCUCGCAUUCUACACCCCUCCGUCCCUCUCCUUCCCGCUCAACCUUAUCUCCGCCGCUGAUGACGGCUCAGUCUCCCUCUACUACGCUGAUCCCUUUGUUCACCUCAAAACUGUGAAGGUUCACAAAAAAGGCGUCAAUUCCCUUUCUAUCCACCCCACAGGGGGGCUGGCUCUCUCGGUGGGCCAAGAUAAAUGCUUAGCUAUGGUUGAUUUGGAGAGAGGGAGGAGGAUUUUUUACAACAGUUUGGGCAAAGAAGCCUCAAUUGUGAAAUUUAAUGAAACUGGCAAAACAUUCUACAUGGUUAUGGAUGAAAAAGUUUCAGUAUACGAGUCUGAGGAUGCAAGAAUAGUUUCGGAAUUUAAUAAUGCAAAGCGAGUUCUAUGUGCUGCUUCAGGAGAGGGUGGUAUAUUGUUUACUGGAGGAGAGGACAGGAAUAUUACGGCAUGGGACACAAAAAGUGGAAAAGUCGCACAUAGGAUUGAUGAUGCACAUUCAGCCCGUGUUAAAGGCAUUGUUGUACUCUCCAACAAUGAUGAAGAGUAUCCAUAUUUAGUAGCAUCUGCAUCAUCAGAUGGCAACAUACGUGUAUGGGAUGUUCGCAUGAAAUCAAAUCCACUGGCAAUGGCCAAUACAAAAUCCAGGCUCACUUGUCUAGCUGGAUCAUCCAUCAAAUAUGGGAAAUUCUGCUUCAAAAGAAAAAGAAGACGGAGCAGCGGAGUAUUAUUUGAUUGAAUUGCACAGUCGUCUCUCUCCCUCUUUUCUCUAAUCCCCUUUCUGACACAUAACACCAGAUUUUGUUAGUUGUGUAGGUUGUCUUCAUAUUUUAAAUGAGUUAUAUUAUAUGUACUCUCAAAUUCUACUAUCUUAUUUUUACUUCAUAAUGUAGUAAAUAAUGAUAGGUUAUCUUGAUCUUGUAGGUCAUCAAGUAUUUUCUUAGUUUGAGUAAACAGAAUUCCUUAUUUGCUCGUUAA